AUGCAUCUCACCAUCCUAUCACCCCUACCAUGGCUCUUUCUGCAAACUCAAGCCCUACCGACAAACAACACCCUGGAAAGCUUCAUGAUUCCCGAUUUCAUUCCCGUUCCUUCGGGCGCAAACUACAAGCUUUGUACCCAGGGCUGCUGGCCCGCUGCUCUCCUCUGCUCGUCUCCUACUGUACCCUCUACUCGAGUGGUACACACGUAG